AUGCAGCCCCGUGGUUGUGUAGCGCUUUGGGUGCUGUUGCUGGCGCAGGUCAGUGAUCAGCAAACACCUGCUUGCGCCCUGGGACCCUCAAAUGCAGCGUCUGGGAGUCCGGGAGACCCGCAAACUCCGCUAUCCUCCGGGUCAGACUGGCUGGAAACCGAUGAGUAUGACCUGGUUUCUGCCUACGAGGUGGACCACAACGGAGAUUAUGUAUCCCAUGACAUCAUGCAUCACCAGCGGAGGCGGCGGCGGAGAGCAACGGCCCAGCCAGGAGGUGAUGCCCUCCACCUGCGACUGAAGGGCCCCAGGCAUGACCUCCAUCUCGACCUGAGAGCUGCCAGCAACUUAGUGGCUCCCGGAUUCAUGGUGCAAACUCUCGGGAAGGGAGGCACCACGUCUGUGCAGGUGUUACCACCAGAGGAGUUCUGCUUCUACCAAGGCUCCCUACGGUCCCAGGGGAAUUCCUCAGUGGCCCUAUCGACCUGCCAAGGUUUGUUAGGCAUGAUAAGGACGAAGGAUGCUGAUUACUUCUUAAAGCCGCUUCCUCCACACCUGUCAGGCAAGCCCAACGGGUCUGCACAGGCUGCCUCUCCCUCCCACGUCCUGUACAAAAGAUCCACGGAGCCACAGGCACUCAGAGAAAACGAAGUCCUGCUGGUCACCAGGAAGCGAGAUCUGGCAAGCUCUCACCUUCACCAUGGCAACUUCCAUCUGGGCCUCCCACAAAAACAGCAUUUCUGUGGCAGACGCAAGAAAUACAUGCCCCAGCCUCCCAAGGAUGACCUCUACAUCUUGCCCGAUGAGUACAAGCCUAGCUCCCGACACAAGCGCUCCCUCCUGAAAUCACACAGAAACGAAGAGCUGAAUGUGGAGACCCUGGUGGUGGUUGAUAGAAAGAUGAUGGAGAACCAUGGCCAGGGCAAUAUCACCACCUAUGUCCUCACUGUACUCAACAUGGUGUCUGCUUUAUUCAAGGAUGGAACAAUUGGGGGAAACAUCAACAUCGCCAUUGUGGGGCUCAUUCUGCUGGAAGAGGAGCAGCCAGGGCUGGCGAUUAGUCACCACGCAGACCACACUUUAAGCAGCUUCUGCCAGUGGCAAUCUGGAUUGAUGGGGAAAGAUGGAACUCGCCAUGACCACGCCAUCUUACUGACUGGUCUGGACAUAUGUUCCUGGAAGAAUGAACCCUGUGACACCUUGGGGUUUGCCCCCAUAAGUGGGAUGUGCAGUAAGUACCGAAGCUGCACCAUCAAUGAAGACUCAGGACUUGGACUGGCUUUCACCAUUGCCCACGAGUCUGGACACAACUUUGGUAUGGUCCAUGACGGAGAAGGGAAUAUGUGUAAGAAGUCCGAGGGCAACAUAAUGUCCCCAACACUGGCAGGGCGCAAUGGUGUCUUCUCCUGGUCCUCCUGCAGCCGUCAGUACCUGCACAAGUUUUUAAGCACCGCCCAAGCCACAUGCCUUGCUGAUCAGCCGAAGCCCGUGAAAGAGUACAAAUACCCGGAGAAGCUGCCGGGACAGCUGUACAAUGCGAACACACAGUGCAAGUGGCAACUCGGAGAGGAAGCCACGCUCUGCAUGCUGGACUUCAGAAAGGAUAUUUGUAAGGCCUUGUGGUGCCAUCGGAUUGGAAGGAAAUGUGAAACGAAGUUCAUGCCAGCAGCAGAGGGCACCCAGUGUGGGCAGGACAUGUGGUGUCGUGGAGGACAGUGUGUGAAGUACGGUGAUGAAGGCCCCAAGCCUACCCAUGGCCAUUGGUCAGAUUGGUCCCCUUGGUCCCCCUGCUCCCGGACCUGUGGGGGAGGAGUAUCUCACAGAGACCGUCUCUGUACCAAUCCCAGGCCAUCUCAUGGAGGGAAGUUUUGCCAGGGCUCCGCACGCACACUGAAGCUCUGCAACAGUCAGAAAUGCCCUCCGGACAGUGUAGACUUCCGUGCUGCCCAGUGCGCCGAGUACAACAGCAAGCACUUCCGAGGGUGGCUCUACAAAUGGAAGCCUUACACCCGGGUGGAAGAUCAGGACUUAUGCAAACUCUACUGUAUCGCAGAAGGAUUUGAUUUCUUCUUUUCUUUGUCAAAUAAAGUGAAAGAUGGGACUCCAUGCUCGGAGGAUAGCCGUAAUGUUUGUAUAGAUGGGAUAUGUGAGAAAGUUGGCUGUGACAAUAUCCUUGGGUCAGAUGCUGCCGAGGAUUCCUGUGGGGUCUGCAAGGGGAAUAACUCAGACUGCACGAUGCACAGGGGACUCUACAGUAAACACCACCGUACCAACCAGUACUACCAUGUAGUUACGAUUCCGCCUGGAGCCCGGAGCAUUCGUAUCUAUGAGACGAACAUAUCUACCUCCUACAUCUCUGUGCGCAAUUCUCUCAAGAAAUACCACCUGAACGGACACUGGAGUGUGGACUGGCCUGGACGAUACAAGUUUUCAGGUACCACCUUCAACUACAGACGGUCCUACAAGGAGCCUGAGAGCUUAACCUCCACUGGACCAACCAACGAAACACUGAUUGUGGAGCUUUUAUUCCAGGGCAGGAACCCUGGUGUGGCCUGGGAAUUCUCACUGCCAAGGUCAAAUGAUAAGAAGACCCCAGCUGUCCAACCCAGCUACACGUGGGCCAUCAUACGCUCAGAGUGUUCUGUCUCCUGUGGAGGAGGCAAGAUGAACUCAAAAGUGGGAUGCUACAGAGACCUGAGAGUUCAAGUGAAUGCAUCCUUCUGCAACCCCAAGACUCGACCUGCCACAGGGCUGGUGCCCUGCAAGGUGUCAGCCUGUCCUCCCAGCUGGUCCGUAGGAAACUGGAGCACAUGCAGCCGGUCGUGUGGCGGAGGCACUCAGAGCAGACCUGCGCAGUGUAUGCGGAGGGCGCACUACCGUGACGAGCCCAUCUCAGUCAGCCUGUGCCCGCAGCCUGCACCCUCCAGUCACCAGGCCUGCAACUCUCAAAGCUGCCCACCCGCAUGGAGCACCGGGCCCUGGGCCGAGUGCUCGCGGACUUGUGGGAAAGGGUGGAGAAAGAGAACGGUGGCCUGCAAGAGCACCAACCCCUCCGCCAGAGCCCAGCUGCUGCACGACGCUGCCUGCACCUCGGAACCCAAGCCAAGGACCCAUGAAGUCUGCCUGCUCAAGCGCUGCCACAAGCACAAGAAGCUGCAGUGGCUGGUGUCUGCCUGGUCCCAGUGCUCUGUGACAUGCGAGAGGGGGACACAGCACAGAGUUCUCAGGUGUGCCGAGAAGUAUGUCUCUGGAAAGUACAGAGAGCUGGCCUCCAAGAAGUGCCUGCAUCUGCCGAAGCCGGACCUGGAACUGGAGCGGGCCUGUGCCCUGUUCCCCUGUCCCAAGAACCUUCCAUAUUCUGCUGCAGGCCCCCCAAGAGGCAGCUGGUUUGCCUCACCCUGGUCUCAGUGCACAGCCAGCUGUGGGGGUGGUGUGCAGAGGAGAACUGUGCAGUGCCUGCUGGGGGGACAGCCAGCCUCAGAUUGCUUCCUGCACCAGAAACCAGAGAUCUCCUCUGCCUGCAACACCCAUUUCUGCCCUAUUGCAGAGAAGAGAGACACCUUCUGCCAAGACCUCUUCCACUGGUGUUACCUAGUACCUCACCAUGGCAUGUGCAGUCACAGAUUCUACAGCAAGCAGUGUUGCAACACCUGCUCCAGAUCCAACCUGUGAGCUAGGACCGGUCCCGGCAGCAAGAAGAUGCCCCCUGAGAGCAGCAGAGAGAGGCCAGACCAGACAGCUGUGCAGUGUACAUUGAGAUGCAUCCAGGAAGACAGGAGCUGGAAGGAGACGGAUUGUUGGGCUUCUGACCCAGGGUGCAUCAAUGUGUUUCUGAGUAUGGGAGCACAUAUUUGCACUCACAAAGGGCAUGUUCUGAUCUUCUGUUAGGUGGGAAAGUGGGGUCCCGCUGGGUGACCUCCUGCAUAUGGACAGGAGGGGCCUGUGCUAUGGUGCGCAGGAAGCAGCCGUUCCCCGUGUUGGCAUUCAGCCAAACCAAAUGCCAAA